AUGUAUGGAUUUGUUAUGAGUUAUGAGUUAAAGUAUAAAAUGAAAGAUUUGUUACUUUAUUCAAGUUUAUUAUAAAUAAUUCCUCCAUAUAUGCCUGGGAGGAGUAUAAAUAUCACUGCAGAAAUGAUGUUAAAUACUGUUUACUAUUUACUUCAGAGAUAGCAUUGUAGAAAUGACUCCAAAAUGGAAAGUAUGUACAUCUUGUAUAGGUUAUACAAUUAUUUUGAUUUCACAAAAAUCUGAAUUAAUGUAUAUAUAUAUUAUUAUUGUUAAUGACAGACCACUAGUUCAGAAUCCACUUCAACAACAAGUUCUGGUUCUUCAUCCAGUAGUUCUUCAAGUUCAGGCAGUGAAUCUAGCUCAUCUGAUUCAGAAAAUUCUAGUAGUUCUGCUAAUAGCCAAAAAGCAUCUGAUACAGAAAGAACAAAGAAGAAGACAACUUUCCCUCCUAAUAGACAUGGCAAGUCUAAAACUGAUACGGUUGUUACUACAUCUGUAGAAAAUAAAAGCAAAGAGAGGAUACCACCAAAGAAUAGAUCUGUAGUAUAUUCUUCAGAAUCAGAAGAGUCACCAAGCAAAGUAAAAGCAACAACAAAAAGAAAACCACCAGCCAAACCAAAAGCAACUGCUACAGUAGCACCUGUUGUUAAACAACAGAGGCUACCUGCUAAAGCAAUAGUUGUUACUAGCCAACAAAAAAAUAUUAUAAAUUCUAAAUCAGUUGCUAACAAACCAAACAAGUCUUGUACUUCCACGAGUGCUAAUGGAAAAGUUUCUGAUAAACCUGCAAAAACAACUUCAGAGCCUGUGCAAAAGAAGCUGAAGAAGAAAAGUAUAUUCAGCCCAGAAAACAGUAGCGAUAGUGACAAUGGUGUUCCAACAAAAGCUAAUUCAGCUAAACCUAUAAAUAAUUCUACAAAAUACCCAAAAAGUCAGCAAUCUAAACCAAAACCAAGUGAUACAAGGCAGAAAACUAUUGCUCCAAAUAGACCUAGUUUAUUGACUAAAGCUGCACAGUCACAAAAGUCAGACAGUUCUGCAAGUUCAAAGAGCUGUUCUGCAGGAUCAGGUUCUUCAGCUUCCACAGAUAGCAGCACUGAUUCUGAAUCGUCAGAGAGUGUCGCAAGUCCACAACCACAAGUCAAGAAAAAAGAUACUCAGUCAAGCACAGCAGUUAGCACCGCCAUUAAUGUUCCACCAAAGCGACCAUCUGCAACGGUUGCACCUGUAAAACCACAAAAGUGUACAAAACGACAAGGUACUAUAAAAAGUGAAGAUGAAGCCGAUGCAUCCGCAAGUGAAAAGGAAGUGGAUGAGCAUGGAGAAACAGGUACGACGAAAGCAACGACUAAAGGCAAACGAAAAUUGCAGACUCGGAAAGGUAGCAAAUUACUUCAACUUCAAACAAAAGCGGUCAGCGACUCGGAAUCUGAUACAGUAUGGUUCUCAGGUACGGAAACGGUAGCGUGUAAACGUAUCCUGCAAAUUCCCCUGAUCCGGUGUGAUUUAUCGAGAGUAGCUGAGAGCAAGAGGAGUACCAGCAAAUCGCCUGUUAAACGUGCCGGGCCUAGUACCGCUGCCAGACACUCAUCCGGGUCCAACAGAAUACCACAAAACAGUAGUACAUCAAACGCUACUAGUGGAAGAUCAGGACAAGGCAAUUACGGUCGUACACGCGUAAAUAAGGAGAGAGAAUGUCCCCUAGCACCAACAUGUGACUCUCGGGGUCAUCUCUCUGGAAAACUCGAUUCGCAUUUCACUUUAGAAGCUUGUCCUUUGUAUCAUAAUACUACGCCACAAGCUUGCGCGGAAUUUUAUAAAGAAAGAAAAAAGCGCGAGGAAGAUCGAAAAAAGGCUAUAGCAUGUUUAGCGAAAAAAUCUCCAAAAGGUUUGCAUCAAACAACAGAACAACGCAAUUAUCAGCUGAAAGUGCGGGAAAUGAGAAAUAAAUGGAAGGGGAACACUGGCGAUGGAAACGAAAGUGAUAGCAGUUGUGAACUACAAGGAAACGAGAAAGAUCGUCAACCGCGUUUAACGAAUUUAACGCCAGAUUAUGAUUUGAAAUUGUUUAUGGAAGCGCAAGCGAUCGCUAGUGAAAAAAUUGAAAAAGAGCUGAAAGAAUUAGAUUAUGACGGCGAGGGCAGAAAUGGUGGCGGCACGCGAGUCAUUGAAAUGGGAAAAUGGGAAAUGGAAGUGUGGUACCAAAGUCCAUAUCCAGAAGAGUUUAGUCGAGCCCCAAAACUUUAUUUAUGCGAAUACUGUCUGCGGUAUGCAAAAAGUCGACAAGUUUUAAGGAGACAUCGAGAAAAAUGUCUAUGGAGACAUCCGCCCGGUCAUGAAGUGUACAGAAAGGACAAGAUAGGCGUGUGGGAAGUAGAUGGGAAACGUUAUAAGCAAUACUGUCAAAAUCUUUGCUUGUUAGCCAAGUUCUUUUUGGAUCAUAAAACAUUGUACUAUGACGUCGAACCUUUUCUUUUCUACGUGAUGACCAUUGGCGAUUCUGAAGGUUGUCACACAGUUGGAUACUUCAGCAAGAGGGCAACAGAUUGCGUUACACACCUUACAAAAGGGCGUACUCCGCGGCUCUCCGCUUCCUGUAUCUGCAACGGCGAUGGCGGCGGCGACGCCGGCACAGCAGCACCACUAGCAGUAGCAGCAGCAGCACCAGCACCAGCAGCACCAGCACCAGUACCAGCAGCACCAGUAACGCAGAGUCAAAAUCUUUAUAGACGUUCAAUGACCCCGACCCUGGCCAGACGGUCGUAG